GUAAUUUUAAAUUUACAUGCUUGGCCGUACUGAUAUCUAGUUAAGAAACUCAAUGAACAUCGAAAUAUAUCCGAAGUGUCAGUAUAAAGAACUGUCAAACUUUAAAAAAAUGACAGUAUUUUAUAAUGAAUUUACGUCUAAUUAAAAAUAAUUAUUUACAAAGGAUAAAAUAAUUAAGAUUAAAAUUUUAUGUGAGAAAGCAGUAUUUAUAUUCUACAUUAUUUAACCAUUAUUUACUUUAGAAUUUAAAAUAUAUAUAUACGUAUAACCUAAAAAAAUCUAUUAUAAUUUCGAAUAUUAAUUAAAUAUUAUCACGCAAUAUAUUCCACUAUUAGUUCAUUUUAUUUUUAUAUAAUCUUAAUAUUAUGAAUGCAUACAAUGGAGAUUUCAGAGACAAAAAACCUUGUUAGAGAUUUGGAUUUAACCCUACAACCUCGUAUUUUUCCACGAUAUAAAGCUUGGCUUCCUCUUGCUACACAACAGUUAAGGCUUAGAAAUCUUAUACAAAUAAUAGGAUGCAAUCUAAAAACAAAUAAUGAAGUUUGUUGGUUUUAUUAUACUCUACAUAGAACAAGUAUGUCUUCUCCUUUAUAUACAAGUGAAAUAAUAGAUAAUGUAAAUCCAAAAUGGUCAAGUUUGGAAGCACCAACCAUAUAUGCUACCAAUUAUUCUACUGCCAGUGAAGUCAUUAUAAGAUUAUGGAAAAGAGUGAUUGUUAAUAAUAUAACUACUGAUAUAACUGUAUUUACAUGGGGCAUAUCUUUUACUGGCUUGGCAUAUAUUGGUCCAAAAUUACCAAGUACCUUAGAAACUAUUUUAAAAGAAAAUUCUUUAAUUUUUCAAUUUCAUGGUGGUUUUUUUACACCAACAUAUUGUUUUACUGAAACUCCUGAACUGAAAAGAUAUCUACGUAUAAAAGUUAAUUCAUCUGAAAUAAGAGAUAGUUAUACUGUGAAUAAACUUAGCAGCUUGAGAAAUAAAAUGCAAGCAUUAAAACAACAGACAGAAUCAGUACAAACACUUCGAAUGCGAAUUGCUUCUGGAGAUAAUUUUCAUGCACCAAAGUAUCCACAAAGUUCAUUAAACAGAUUAUUUCAACCUCGUAAAGUAAAUAGGGAGAAAAAAGCUGAAAUAAUAAAAAUCCGCAAAGAAUUAGAAAUAGCAAAAUUUAGAACAAAAUUAUUAGAACAAGAAAGAGCAAGAAAAAUGGGAGAAUUGAGAGUAUUAAAUCAAAUGCAUUCUAACAUUAUGGAAGAAAAUCAAGAUUAUGGUUCCGAUUUAAUGGAAAGAUACAGGGAAUUAAAUAAAGAUAUUGAAAGAUUACAUGAGUGGCGACAAAAUCAAAUAGAUACAAGAGAAACAUAUAUUCAAUUGAGUAAUCAACUUGCUCAUAGAAGAAGACAAUUGAUUUCAGAAUUAAGUUUAAUAUAUCCUAUUUCACAAGAUGGAAAUCGAAAAUUUAGAAUACAUGAUGUUCAUUUACCAGAUAGUGAGGAUUUAGAAUUAUCAAAUGAUACUGAAGUUGCUGUAGCAUUGGGAUUUGUUGCACAUACUACACAAAUGAUUGCCAAUUUUCUUAACAUACCUACUAGAUAUCCUAUUAUACAUUAUGGAUCACGUAGUAAAAUUAUAGAUCAUAUUACAGAAAAUUUACCUGAUAAUGAAAGACAAUUUCCUCUUUUUGCUCGAAGUAAAGAUAAGCUGCAAUUUCGUUAUGCUGUUUACUUAUUAAAUAAAAAUAUAGCUCAAUUAAGAUGGUAUUGUGGCCUUCCAACAACAGAUUUAAGGGCAACACUUUCAAAUCUUGCUACUUUAAUAAAUAUUAAACCAAAUCAAUCUCAUUUAGAUAAUUCAAAGCGAACAUAUUCUACUUCAUCUUUGGAUAUUGAAGUUGGAAAUAAUAAACAAAGUAUAACGCCACCAAUACAAAAAAUAAUUUUUGAAAAAUGUCAUCGAUCUUCACGAUCUAUGAGCCAGUUAAAGAAUAUAAAAUCUUCUCUUGGUUCAUCUUUAGAUCAAGGUUUAGAUAAACCUGUACAGUCUCUUGUUUUAGGCAGUCAAUCAAAGCGAAUUUGUAAAUCAGAAGAAAGUGCCAUAGACAAUAAAACAUUGGUACUAGUAAAAGAUAGAUCAACUAAUAGUAGUAAUGAAACUUUAAAUAACGCUAUUUUAACUAAUAAAUAUAUAAGUGAUAUAGACAAUGAAGAUAACUUUCAAAUAAAUGAAGUUGCAAUAGAAAAUAACAUUGAAAUCAUGAUACCAACAUCAGUGUCAAAGACAAUUAAUGUUAUGGAUAGUUUUGAAGGUUCAGUAAGUGUAAGAGAUAGAAGCUCGAAUUCUAUAAGUAGCUGUGAAAUGGCACUUACUAGUAGUCAAAAUGGAGAUGAUAGUUCAAAUGAUAAUAAUACAAAAAAAGAUGAAACUAGAGAACUUAUUUCAAUUACUAAUGAAAUUUCAAUAAAUGUUAAUGAUGUUGUAGAUAAUGCUUUAAAAAAUAGAAAAUACAAUGAAGAUUAUAACUUAGAAAAUCAAACUUCAAAAGAUUAUGAUAAUCUUAAAAUAUUAGCUGAUAAAAGUUGUAAUGAUUAUGAACAUACACCAGCUACAACAGAAAUCUCAACAUAUAAUAAGGAACAUUUUGCUAAGUCAUGUUUAUCUUUGGAUGAUAUAAUGUGUUGUGCUUAUGAAGAAACUGAAAAGAAACAAAGAACGAGUUCUAUUUGUAGUUAUCCAGAAGAAUAUCUUUCAUCAAAAUAUCUUACAUCGCGAAAACGAUAUAAUUCUGAAUCAAAAAAAGACCGAAUAGAUUCUUUUCAUGCUAAAAAUUGGUACCAUAAUAACACAAGUAGAGAAUCAAUGUUGGAAACGGAAUUAAUAGAAACAGCACAAAAAUCAGAUUGCUAUUUAUAUGAUGAGACAAAUAAAUGUGACUUCCAAGCAUCAAGUGAAUACAUUGACAUUAUUAGACGUAGUUCAGAAAAUGUAUAUGCACGUACUGAAGCUUUAGCUAAUAAGAAAACUAGUUUUAAAGUUAUGAAACCACGACUGUAGUAUUUACAUUUUAGAAUAUAACAAAGUGCUGUUAAUUGUUAUAAUAGUUGAUAUCCAAACGCACUAGACCCAACAAAAAUUCACUGCAUGCCAUAUAGAAAAGAUUAAAUUAAUAUAAAUACUGUUACUAUUAUGAAAAGCGAAAAUAAAACAGUCUCGUAUAUUUCUUCAAAUUAUA